CCCACACCACCUAAGAGUUUCUUUUCUUUUCUUUUCUUUUUUUACUUAAAGAAUGGAGACAAGAAGGGGCAGCACCUUUGAGAACCACACUCUCCACAGGGAAUUCUAGCCUCGCCUGGGGUGACUACAGAGACCUCUUUAACUUCCUGUGGUUCUCAAUGUACUUGUGCAAAAUGAAGGACCGGCUAUCGGAGCUGCUGGAGUUAAGCAGGCACUAUGAUCAGCAGUUCCCAGAUGAGGAUAAUGAGGUGGACUCACCCCAAGAGCAUAUCGUAUUCGAGACGGACCACCUCCUGGAGUCCUUAUACCGAGACAUCCAGGACCUUCAGAGUGAAAACCAGCUGCUGCUGAUCGACGUGAAGCGCCUGGGCAAACAGAAUGUCCGCUUCCUCACGUCCAUGCGGCGCCUCAGCAGCAUCAAGCGCGACACCAACUCGAUUGCCAAGGACAUCAAGGCCCGGGGCGAGGCCAUCCACCGCAAGCUGCGCGCCAUGAAGGAGCUGAGCGAGAGGGCCGAGGCCCAGCACGGCGAGCACUCGGCCUUGGCGCGCAUCUCCCGCGCGCAGUACAGCGCGCUCACCCGCACCUUCCAGCGCGCCAUGCACGAGUACAACCAGGCGGAGAUGAAGCAGCGCGACAACUGCAAGAUCCGCAUCCAGCGCCAGCUGGAGAUCAUGGGCCACGAAGUCUCGGGCCACCAGCUCGAGGACAUGUGUGAGCAGGGCAAGUGGGAUGUGUUCUCCGAAAACCUGCUGGCCGACGUGAAGGGCGCACGGGCGGCACUCAACGAAAUCGAGAGCCGCCACCGAGAGCUGCUCCGGCUGGAGAGCCGCAUCCGGGACGUGCACGAGCUCUUCCUGCAGAUGGCCUUGCUGGUGGAGGAGCAAGCCGACACCCUGAAUGUCAUCGAGGUCAACGUGAAUCAGACCCUAGAUUACACGGGGCAGGCCAAGGCCCACGUGGGCAGAGCUGUGCAGUACAAGAAGAAGAACCCCUGCCGGACCAUCUGCUGCUUCUGUUGCCCCUGCCUCAAGUAACAGGUGACCCAGGUCACAACCCCUGACCUUCUACUGUAGGGAAAGGGCUGGGGAGUACACUGGGAAUGAUUUGGGGGUGUUCUGUACUGAGGUGCGUUGCCCCAAUCCAAGUAGAGCUCAGUCUUUGGGAAACAAGACACUCUAAGAAUUCCAACCCUCCAUGUUCUUGGGAAGGUGGUUGAUGCCCUCCUCUCUCUCUUCGUGAAGACAGAUACCUACUCAGGUGUGUCAGGUCAUUCUGGAGCACAUGGCCCUCCUGAUGGAAAACCCAAUAAGUAGACUUUGUGGUUUACCUUAGGGUAAAUGUCCAAGACAUGUUUCCUAAUGAAGAUUCAAAGAAAAAGUCAGUUCUGCAUUGACUGAUACAAUGCACUCAUCAUCAAAACUUAAAUUUGCUUACCCUAUCCUGAAAACUUUUUAAUUUCCAGGAGAUGGACCUUGGGAAAGAUUACAUGUUUCACUUCUGGUUCUUCAAGUGGUUUAUGCUAAGUGAUUCCUGCUGAGAUGUUUAUCUUCUUUCUGCUCACCUCCCCUACUUUUUAAAAUCACAUUUAGCUCAUAUUAUUUCCUUAUCUCAUUCACCUUUAAUAUCUUCUAACAGAACCUAUUUGGGGUUUUUUUCCCCCAACUAUUUUUUAAGCACUGAGUAUGGAACAAGCACUCAAAGUAUGUAUUAGUCACAUGUUAUAUUUUUAUAGAUAAUAAUUUAAAAUUUCUUUUUACUUGAUUAUUAUGAAUGCACAUAACUUGGUAAAAUACUAAUAUUCACUAAUAUGUAUACAUAAUGACAGUUGGUUUGACUUUUGUAAAUAAGGAUAUAAAAAGCAAGAAAAACACCUUUACUGAUUACUGGCAUUGAUUGGUUGAUAUGAGUUUAUCUCCCUCCCUACUACAUGGUCCAGUUUGGGUUAUUACUUUAUUUUUUAUAAUAAUUUGUAGGGUACAGUGACAAGGGCAGAUAUCAAAGGAUGAAGAUGCAUAUAGAACUAGAUAAUAAAAUAAUAUUCUUGGAAAUAAUUUUUUUUUGUUUCACUGUGGACCAUACUUUCAUGGCAUUUUAUUUUCCCCUCUAAAAUAAGAUUUUAUAUUUCAAGUUCAUUUAAUAAACAUUAAAAAUAUCUCUUUCAGGUAUUUGUGUCUUGACCAUUUCAGUCUUAGUCAGAUUACCUCUACAAUUCUUUUUUUUUAAAAAAGAGUUAUUUAUUUAUACAAGAACUGGGGUAUAGGCCAGAUGCGCAGGAGGGUGAGAGGAUUCACCAGAGACAGAGCGGAGAAUAGAACAGGCAGACUGAUGAAUUGCACUGCUGAGGGGAGCAGCGGGUGAGACAGGAGAGGUCUGCCGCACCAUGUGGGUUUCUCCCCUGCGGGCUGGGAUUGAACCUGCGCUGAAGAGGCUGCGGACAGCUUCACAGUGUGGUGUUCAACUGCCUGCGCCUCUGGGGAGGCCCCACCUUUUCAAUUCUUGUUUUAAAAAAUUCUACCAGCUACUGGCAGGUUGCAGCAUCUAGAUGGAACUUGGAGAAAGGGAGAAGGAAUGGGGGCAUGAAAAAGAAUUCACAAGGAGGUGUCUUGCUUUCUCUGCCCAGAUGCUUACAAUAAUUUAGCAAAAUCAUUAGGUUUUAGAGAUUUGGUUUCAUUUGCAAACUGUGUAAUGCCCUUCCCCAGCUUAGCAAGUUUCCUGUCUUCUGAGUCGACUCUUAACCCUUUCUAGUUAUUAUUUAAUAAAUAGUCAAGUUUAUCCAGUGUUCAUAAUUCUCAGCUCCACUGGACAGUGAAACUUUCAAAGCAGUGGAAAGCAGGGUAUAUGAACUCUUAGGAAUUCACUGACUAAGCUGUUUAUGACCAUGAAAAUCUAGCCCUGCACCUAAUUUUCAUUUCAUGGUUAAAUAUGAGAAUUGUGGAAACCAAGUCCCACUGGGCUCGUCUCAGAUUCCUCCCAGUUUCUUUCUCAGCUAAUGCUUUAAUUCCCUUUUCCCUAAAAGACAGUCUUCGCACAGUUCCCUUGCUAUGUCUUUCAUAGUAGAGAAGAGGUAUUCUAAAUACAAACCACCUGCUAGUUUCCACAAGAGAGAAUUGUUCAUGACUUCAACUUGUUGAAACCCAUAAAGCAUGUUCUUUGCUUUGAACCGUUCAUAAGAGUAAAGCAGUGUGUAUUUCUUAAUCCCCCACAUCACAUGUAGGAGAAUUAGGUCAAACCUAGACGUUAAUAUACCAAGAAAUUAGAGAACAGUUGUCUGAAAAUGCAAAAAUUUUUUCUUUCUGCUUCUUAGUAAGUGUCUGAGGAUGGCAUCAUGGUUAAGAGCACAGAUGCAGGAUCCCACGCUCUGGGAUUAAACCUUGACUCUGACACAUGAGAGCUUUUUGAUUUCUUUAUGGACACAUAAGUCAGCCUCUCCGUAACUCCAUUUCUGUGAAAUGGAGAUAUUAAUACCUGCGUUCUAGAGUUGUAAAAAGAAAAUGAUUAAGUAAAAGUGUUUAGAACAGUGCCUGGCACCUACUAAGUGCUGUUAUCAUUGUUGUUAUGGCAUAAUAAUAUUACAUUAAUAUUAUUGCAUAUUACAUACUUUAGUGACUGAAGUAAUUAA